AUGGCAUCAUUCCCGACUCCAACGCCGGUCCUGCUGGCGGUGGAAAAGAAGAGGCUUCUUCGGCAGCAGCAGAGAGAGCGGGAGAGGCAGAGACGCGAAGAGACGGCACGGAAGUCGCGGCCUGAGGCGUCUCGACACUCGGGCUCUGCGGAGGCUGUCUCGCGCAGCGAUCGAGCGUCGUCUCUCGACCGGGACCACGCGCGUUCGUUUUCUGCUUCGGCUUCGAGGAAGAAGAGCGCAGGAAAAUACAGAAAAGCGACUGGCGCCUCUUCGCUGGAUGAACGAGAAGACAGAGAUGAUCGGAGCAAGACGAAGGCUCCACACCUGUCGCGCAGUCUGACCCACGCCCGGCGCAGCUUGCCGAGCGGGGGCGAGGAAGAGGAAGAGAAGAGAGACAGUGAGGGAGAACGGGCGAGGAAGAAACUACCUCGGAAGCGAUCGCGAGUGGACGUGGAGAGAGAAGCACGGGAAGACGCGCGGGACGAACAAGUGCUCUUCUCUCGGCGCCGCGAGCGAGAGAGACACAAAGACGAAAGAGACGACAGAGGCAAGGAAGCGAGACUGCUGCGGCGCGUGGACGAAGGGAACCGAAGGACAAAGAAAGGAGCGUUUCGAACCGAUGCCUCACCGAGCUCAAGUCUUGCAGGCUCUUCUCAGGAGGACGACAGGAAGCAAGAUCGAACGGGACGACGCACUCGGAGCCUCAGAGGAAAUCGCGACCCACCACGGCUUGUGAAGGGACACUCGAGCCCGAUUUUGAUCUCGGAGGCGACGCGCGCGAGUCCGCGCCUCGUUCGGCUGACGGCGGCAGUCCCUUCGGACGAAUCUCCCGCGUCUCUUCCGUCUGGGGCUCCAGUCGUUUUGGUGGCGGCUUCGCCGUCGCGUCGAGCGAUGCCGCUGUAUCCGGUGGCCCACGCGUACAAGCGAGGCGUCUCCGAGUCAGCCGCGCUCUCUUCUGUCUUGUCUUCAAGAAGAUCGAAGAAACGGAGCCGCGUGAGACCGAGCAGCCUGCCUUCCCUUGCAAACGAGACCUCCGAUGCUGACAGCAGUGCCGUGGAAACGCGUCACUUGCGCGUGAAACGCGACGCGUCCUCCGCUUCUUUCUCGCCGCUGCGCGCUUCUCACCGACGCGCCGCCUCUGCUCCCCUGCAUGCACACAGGAGGCUGCGGGAACAGCGUGCGUGGCGGGGCCGAACGGGAGGCGACCGCCGCGAGAGAAGGCGCGGAAGCGCCAGUGAAGAGGAAGAGGAAGGACUCGAGCGAUCCCGAGGGCGAGCGAGGAGAGAGAGGCGGAAGGCCGAGUUGUCAGAGGAAAGCGCCUCGGGCGGAGACCGAGACAGCGCGCCGCGGCUGCAUGCGACAGGGCAGCGGAGCGGCAAGCGCCGGACGGUGAAGGAGGAAGCCGAAAGUUUCCGGAAUCUGACGACGACUGAGACGAGAGGCCGCGCGUUUGGCAGUGACGCAGAAGGCGACGGAGCGACUCCACACCCCUCUUCACUUCGAGACAGUCGCCAGACGGACACUGCUCGUCGUCUCGCCCGCUCCACCGCCCGGCACAGUGUCGAAUCCAGAGAGGCCUUUUCGGUCCAAAGAGGAGACGGAACACUUUUUGCGUCCGACGAAAAGAACGGCAAGCCUUCCAAAGGGGAGCGAAAGAACCCUUCAGACCGUAGUGAGCGCGGAGUCUGCGCGUCUGGGAGGGACGAAGAACGCGGGCGAGAAGAGACUGAUGCGUCUCUCCAAGGCCUUCCCAGUCUCGGCUCUCCGCGUUUGCAUCCGCUGUCUUCAAGUUGCGACAAGCGUCGCGCGGACGCUUCCGUUUAUCCUUCCCCGCCCGGCGCACAGGAGAGACAGAGCCGGUCGACCCCAGGGGGGCGUCUCUGUUCUUCGCGAGACUUCGAGGCCGGGGAGCGACCGGAGACCUCCGGGCAGUCUCCAGUGGCGAGGACCGCGAGCGGGGCGAGCACGGCCUCAGCGAGCCUUCCGGAGAUUCGGGCGCGGAGACACUCGCUGGGAGGCGUCAGGAAGGGGUCGACGGGCAAGCGGGAAGAGGUCUGUCGGCUGCAGCCUUUCCAGGCGUCUUCUCCGCGGCGGACGUCUCGGCGGAUCGUCCCCGCCGACAUGCGGAACAACGCCACGGAAGCGCGCGUCCUCGUCGCGUCUCCGUGUGCGUCUCGUCCGCGUGAACGCGAAGGAGGAGGCGAUGCAUGGUCUCGCACUCAGUCUUCUCUCUCUCCGUCUCGUCUCUCCGCUCUGUCUUUCGCCUCUGCCGCGUGCAUGCGCGACGCACUGCGGCCCGGAGGCCGUCCAGGCUCUGGCAAUCUCGUGGGCGGAGAGAGCGCGCGCAGCGAGAGCCGCGCUGGAGUCCGCCAAGCGGACUCGCUGACUCUCUGCACGCCCUGGACGCCAGACAGUGAGUCCGUGCUGCGCGACCACACCCGUCUCGAGGCCGGGAAGACGCAGGAAGUGCCGGCGGCGCGCGAGCGCGAAGCGCAGCAGGAGGAGGCGCGCCGAGAGGAAGACGAGCGGCUGCGUCGGGAGCUUUGCGCGAAAGCGCCUGCGGAUCCCAGCUCGUUCGCCGUCUUCUGGCUGCAGGCGCAGCAAGCCGCCGAAGACCGAAAGGAGAGACGGGAAGUCGCGUGCAAGACAGAAACCCGCGCGGAAACUUCCCUAGCGCCCGCCUGUGCGGACGGCGCGUCGCGUGCGUUUCCCUCUGUGACAGGGUGCCGCGAGUCCGCCCAGUCUUUCCUCGCGAGGAAAGAUGCCACUGGGAAGAUGAACGCUGCAAAUUCUUUUGCUUCUCGAACCGGCGCCGUGGAUUCGUCUCGGCAUGCGUCGACGUCGCGGUUCCUCGCCGAUCGGUCUCGAAACCAGGAAGGCGUCGCUGGAAUGCCCGCGAGCGGGGGAGACCCUUUCUCUCUCGCCUUCCCUCCGGAGCACGGGUUUGGCGCGAAGGCCGCGACGCGGUCCGAGGAUCGUCCCGCACCGCCUUUCGCGCUCGCCGUUGUGGGGAGCACAGGCGGCAGCACAACAGCCCGGACGGAAAGCAGCGCCAGCAGCUUGGCGGGGAACUUUUCUCGGCCGACGGCGAUCUCGGCGCGGUCUGUCGCUGCGUCUCUCGACUUUGGAGGCGAGGCGUGGCCGGACUUCCGAGAAGAACAAGGCGACGGCUGCGGAAGGCGAAGGGGACACAAAGACACAGCAGAUGCCGACGAAGUCACUCGGAGGAGACGCCGAGACGAACCCGCCGGGGUGCUCGAGUCGGGCGCAAACGAUGGAGGCGGGCGGGCGGAGAGGCCGUCUGGGCGGCGAAAUGGAGAGAGACACAGAGAGACGCUGGACACUGGAAGAGAAGAAAGGCGAAUGGGAGACGAGGAAAACCGCCGGGUUUCACUCUUUCACGGGAUAGAAGGUGAUGGCCAGACCCAAGACCCGCUUCCGAUGCUCGUUACGCCCACCUUCCCUUCUUCCCACCUCUCUCCUUUCUCGCCCGUUGCUUUUCCCUGUGAGCCGACGCCGACGUUCGCCCCUCCGUUUCUUCCUACAUUCGACGCCCACGGCACUUCGUUCUCUCCGCCGCGAUGCGCCUUCGGCGCUGCCGACCACGAGGCGGCUGCGACGAGAGAAGCGGAGAAGCGGAGAGGCGAACUGAAUCUGUCAUCUGUUCUUGAGGCGGAAGCAGAACGCGAGGUGGCCCUGAGAGAGGCGACCCUGAGAGAGAUGGAGCGAGACGUGGUGGAGAGAGAGGCUCCACCCGAAGAAAAUGUGGAAGAAGUGAAGAGAGAAGCCGAGGCUGGCGUCGACGAUUUCCUCGCCUGUCUUGCGGGACCGUCCCCAGCGGGGAGCUCAGAUGCUUCAAGCGCCUUUCCAGCGUCUUUCCUGGAGACUCUGCCUGCCGCUCCUCCACGCGACGCUUCGCUCCUUCUUCUUUGUCGCAACGACCGCGGGAACGAUGGCGCUGUCCGGUCGGAGACGGAGGCCGCGACGGAGACAGACGCGGAUUUUGACGCAACCACGCACCGGCCCCGGAGCGAGGAAAGGAAAGCGGAGACGCAUGCAAGAGAUCUGCCUGUGAUGAAAAAGAUCUUUGAACCGAUGCUCCAGGCAGUGGAGGCGGCAACUACCAAGUCCACUCUUCAGCGGAUCAUUUCUGUCUUCCCUCCCACCGCACAGAGUAGCCCCGCUCACCAAGAUGUUCUGCUGUGCUUUGCGGAGCGAGUAACGCGCGCAGGCCUGCGCGACGUCCGUCGGCGUCUCGAACGUUUCGCGGUGUAUGUACACCGGAAAGCAGCGGCUCUCCUGGCGGCUCGGCGAGCCGCAGAGGCUUCCCGGCAAGCAGAGGAAUCUGCGCGUCUCGAGGAAGAGCGACAGGCUGCAGCGUACCAGCGGCUGUGGGUCAGCAUCCACGUCGUCGUCGCACGCAAGGCGCGCGAUCUCUCACUCGCCCGCAGCCUUCUCGGCCCAGUCGGCUUGGAUUUGGGGGAUCCCCACUUCCGCGAAAACCUUCAGCUUCACCUCGCAACUCUCCCUCCACAACUGCAAGGGGACGGGAAGGUGCCCGGGGGCGACAGCACUUGCGCCGCUCCAGCAAACCCCGACGAAAAGGACAAGAGAGAAGAAGGCGAGGCAGAUGGAGAGGGAGCAGACCUUGCAGAACCACGCGCACCCGACGUUCUCAGGGAGGAGCUCUUAGCCUGCGACAAAGAGGCGCAGAGAAUAAAAGAAGAGGAGGAGCAGAAAGCCGCGCUGUUGAAACGCCGCCGACUGCGAAAGCUUCGCGUCCAGCUCCACGAGGCCAUCAACGAAGGAAAGCAGAUGCUCGAGGCCUUGCAAUUCCAAAGAAUGCAGGUGCUGGCGGUCGCCCAACAGUUGCACAGAGCAGUGCUGCCGCACGUGGACGAGAAGAAACUCCUGUUGCAGCUACAGCGUCGCCGUUCGCAGCGCUGGGCGACGCCGGAGCGCGCUCCCUCGCGCGCUUCCGAGUUGAACGCGAAGCGCACAGAUGCGGACAGAGAAGACGCCGGCGUCUCUUCUGACUCGCCCCCGCCGCCAGGCCGCGGGCCGCUCUUGCAGUCUCCGCGGAUCCACGAUCUCCUCCCUUCGCUUCUCGAUCGCCUACCCUCCUUGCCGCCGUCGCGCAGAUUCUCUCUCGCGUCGCUGUUGGGCGAGCGUUCGGUUCUCGGCGACGACGAGGGGCGAGACGGCGAAGAACCGAAAGAAGAGAGACCGAGAGAAGGGAGAGGCGAGGGAGGACGGGGGGAAGCGAGAGGCGGUCGGGGCGGAGUGGGACCGGAGAGCAGUGCCAUGGCCUUUGAGUUCCUCUCAGAGAAAGUCGCUCUCGGUGCGGUUUCUUCAUUGGAAGACGGAAGAGCGCGAGAAGACAACGCGGACACCUUCCUUAACGCCUCCUCAAAUGGACGACCGCUUCGGCUGUCGGAUCUGGGGGACGAGAAAGGAGACGAAGACUCGAGGCUGACGCAGAAAAUCCCCCUUAACUCGGCCUCCGGCUGCUCAGCCCCUCAGAAUGUGCCUGGCUCUGCAGACCCGCUGAAGAACGCGUCUGCGUCUCACGGUCCCGCGGCGUCUCCAGCGAGGGGACUUCCUCUCGACCGUGGUUCUCUUGAUUGCUCGUACGAAACAGGCAAAAGCGCCUUUUCCCACUCCGACCAACUGCUUUCUUCCUCCGGCAUGGGCCUCCCUAGCCAUUCGCGGGAGACCAGAGAGCGCCGAGAGAGAGAGGCGGGCGUUCUCCCUUCUUUGAACCAGGAAAGUGAGAGAAAGGCGGGGAGUGUGCCGCGUGGGACCUUGUUUUUGCACUUGCGCGAGAUGGGCGAAAGCGCGCCGAGUUUGCAAGACGGGAACUUGCCGCUGAAACGCACGGCGCAGGCGAGCCUCGCGCGAGUGCAGGCGCUUCGAGAAACUGUCCGGCGAGCGAGGGCCGAGCUGAUUGUCCACGCCGAGGAGACGCCGGGGGGUCUAAGCAGACUGUGGGAGACGAGCAAAGAAACCUUCUCGGAACUGCGAAUCCAGAGGAGACAGGAGGCGAAGCAGGGAGCGGAGCGAGAGACAAGUCGGGAGAAGAGACUGGGGGAAACGUCUUUCUCUCUCCCCGAGGUUCCCCGGAGGAGACAGCGACUGCGCGAACGCGAGGAAGGAACCGACAACCGGUGCGUGGGAAGAGAAGCGGAGACAGGGCGUCUCGAGAAGCAGCGCGGAGAGCGCGGCGGGGGCUACGAAAGGAUCGGCCUCAGGCCGGAGAGACACGCUGACGAAGAAGAAACCUUCUCGCUGCGAAAUCUCGCCGCAGCCAGAAGGAGAUAG